AUGUCGGGCCCCAACGACAAGCGGGAGGAUCCGAAUCGUCAGGAUCCCCGCUGGAAUCAGGACGAGCAGGCUCCCUAUUAUCCCCCGACCUCUUAUCCUCCACCAGACGAACAACAACGUCCCUAUCCGUACCCGCCUCAAUACGCGCCUCCUGCCUACCAGUAUCCAGGAUAUCAGGCGCAGUAUCCAACUUCACAGUAUCCGCCUCCACCCAACAUGGCGGCCAUUCACGGACAAGAUCCCUACCGCCUGCCUCCGCCGCCUGGUGCCUACCGUGGAGAUCCUUAUGCGCCCCCUCCAGCACCUCAAGGCCCGUACCAAGCAGCAGCUCCUCGCCAGCGAACCGCCAUUGCAUGCCGAUACUGUCGGCGUCGGAAGAUUCGUUGCUCGGGAUUCGACACCUCAGCAGAUGGACGGUGCAGCAACUGUGUUCGAUUCAACCAAGAUUGCAUGUUCACCCCAGUCUCGUCGCAAACCCAGGCCUUUGUGCCCGCGCACGCCGCCUACCCUCAUCUACGAAAUGGACCGGCACCCGGUGUAGGGGGACGACAACCUGUCCUGUACGGCGCCCACGGGCAGCCACUGCCACCUCAGCAGCAGCCGCAGGGCCCCGAGACCACCCUUCCGCCGCCCCAAGGGAUGUACUAUCAGAACGGACGACCCCCAUCGAUGGUGCCCCGCCGCCCCUUGCGUCAGCGACACCGCCGAGGCUCGAACGGAGGAUUCGAGUACCCUGAUCCUACCAAUUUGGCACCCGUGACUCCCGCUGGCUCCGCGCCCGGAUACCAAACUCACACCACGCCGAGCCCUUACAACUAUCCCCCUCCACCGGUGCACGAUCGACGCACUUCACCGCAGUCGGCAUAUGCAUAUGAUGCCCGCCACUCGUCCUCGCCGCACGGAUCGCCCUUCCCACCCAUGCAGCCUCACCAGGCACCUGUGACAACUCACUCGGCUGCCCCUCCGAGCAGUGCUCCCCCUCAGUCCAGCGCAACCCCUCAGCCAGGCGGUGUGACCCCACCCCCUACCUCUACACCUGGGGGCUCGCAGCGAGGCGGAUUGAAUGUGCGCGAUAUGCUCAAUCCCGGUGAUUCCCAGGGCCGAUCCAGCACCGACAGCGACAUGCUCAAUGCACUGAACCGCCGCGGCCCGCAAUAG